CUGGGGGCGCGCGCAGAGAGGAGCAGACGGCCGGCGGCGCUUUGGUCGCGUGGCUCAGCGUGGUUGCUAGGGACACCUGAGGUCGCCCGCUCGCCCAGCAGGCGCACUGAGGAAGGAGUGCGGAGCCGGCGCCGAGCUGCGGUGAAGCAGAGUGCCUUAGAAUACUUCGGCUGUGAGGCCAGCAUUGAAAGUGAUUAAUUGCUGAGCACUGAAUUUGAUGAACUGCUGACUGGCGCUUGGCAGGCGCUCCAGUGAGGUGGUGGCUGCUGAUGCAGCGUUGUUGGGAAGAGGAAGAGUGCCGUGGAAACUUCGCCCAAGUAAUGCUGACCGAUUCAAGGAUGCAGCUGGUGCUAGACCUGUGUGUCACCUUACCUGAGCCAGGCCAUGAGGCCAUGUUGCCAUGAUGUGGGCCCCUCAUGGCCUCAGCAGGAACAGAGCACUACAGUAUUGGCCUGCGCCGAGGAAGCAGCUUCAAGCAGAGAUGUCCCUCAGGCACAGUGUCUACUUCACCACCUGAGAAACCCUCAGAGGUCAAAGUCUGGUCUCAGGCCCAUCAGCAGGUGAAGCCAAUCUGGAAACUGGAAAGGAAGCACGUAGGGCCACUCUCAGCAGGGCUGGGCAGCAGUCUCUUGGGAGUCCCACCCCAGUCAGCCUAUUUCUUUUGCCCUAGCACUUUAUGUAGCUCUGGGACUACAGCUGUCAUUGCAGGCCAUAACAAUCCCUGUUACCUGCAAUCUCUCCCUGACUUGUUCAGCAAUACUCUGCUGUACCGCCGCACCAACGUGAGGCAAAAACCAUACCAGCAACUGGAAUCUUUCUGCUUGCGUUCCAGCCCAUCAGAGAAAAGAUCUUUUUCUUUUGCUCAGAAGGGUCUCCCUGUCAGUGUCACUGCCAAUAAAGCCACAUCUUCUACAGUCUUUCCCAUGGCCCAGCCCAUGGCAUCUUCACCCACUGAUCCAUACCUCUCACUGGCAGCAGCUGGGGAAAAUCCUUCAAGGAGGAGCCUGUCCUCUGCCAUCUCAGGGAAGAUUGCAUCUCCACUGUCUUCCUACAAGCCCAUGCUGAACAACAACUCCUUCAUGAGGCCAAAUAGCACUAAAGUGCCCUUAUCACAAGCCACAGAUGGCCUGAAGCCGGUAUCCUCACCCAAGAUCCAGCCUGUCUCUUGGCAUCAUUCAGGGGGUACUGGAGACUGUGUACCCCAGCCUGGUGAUCAUAACGUGCCCCAAAACAUUGGUACUGUCUUAGAUGAUAUCACUAUCAGCCCAUCUGCCCCUAGCACCCUCAACAUAUCCACAGCCAGUAUUGCCUCUUCCCAGUGCAGUCAGAGUAACUUUAGGAUGGACGCACAUCCCUGUGGCCUGGAUGAAAACCCAGAUUCCCAGAGUGCUACUAAAGAGGAACACUUCUCUGAGGCUGUGAGGAAGUUGACUGCAAAGAGCUUUGAGAAGAUGCCACAACAAGGCUACCAGUUUGAACAAGCUUGUUUUGUGAACCCCAGCUUCCAGUGGGGUCUUCUCAACAGAAGCAGGCGGUGGAAAUCUCUGAGCCAGCGGUUUCCUCAGGAGGAUAUUGGAUUAGACAAUGAGAUCCUUCCUGGUGCCUCAGACACCUUGGGGUUGGACAGUACAGUUUUUUGUACCAAAAGGAUCAGCAUUCACCUCCUUGCCUCACAUGUCCAUGGGUUCAACUCCAGCCCUACCUGUGGCUCUGUAGUUGACCCCCAAUUACUUGGAGAAGACAGAGCUACUGUUCCCCCUUCUUCCCUCCAGCCUCUUGGUGUAGCUGAAGUGUCUACUCGCCUUUCUUCUGUCCAUCUUGGCCAGCUUGGGAAGGAGUCUGAGGAAACCAAGGAGCUGAACUCAUAUGCUAGGGAUAGUUGUUCAGCUACUGACCUCCGGCCAAAUCAGGUGGAGCCUGAAGAUAUAGAAGAUGAACUAGAAGAUGGUUUAGAGGAUUGCUGUAGCCAUGAUGAGAAUGAAGAAGACGAUGGAGACUCAGAGUGCUCUUCUUUAAGUAUUGUCUCCCCCAGUGAGUCGGUGGCUAUAAUAUCUCGGACCUGCAUGGAUUUAACGACCAAAUCCAUUCCCAGUCAUGAGAAAGUUUUACGGCCAGCCCUCACCUACAGUCUCUUCCCCAAUGUGUCCCCUACCAUCUAUUUUGGUACUCGGGAUGAAAGAGUGGAGAAACUUCCCUGGGAACAGAGGAAGCUACUCCGGUGGAAGAUGAGCACAGUGACCCCCAACAUUGUCAGGCAGACCAUCGGACGCUCACACUUCAAAAUCAGCAAGAGAAAUGAUGACUGGCUGGGCUGCUGGGGUCACCACAUGAAGUCUCCUGGUUUCCGAUCCAUUAGAGAGCAUCAGAAGCUAAACCACUUCCCAGGCUCCUUCCAGAUUGGGAGGAAGGACCGGCUGUGGCGGAACCUGUCUCGAAUGCAGAGCCGUUUUGGCAAGAAGGAAUUCAGUUUCUUCCCCCAGUCUUUUAUCCUGCCCCAGGAUGCGAAACUCCUGCGCAAAGCCUGGGAGAGCAGCAGCCGCCAGAAGUGGAUUGUGAAGCCACCAGCAUCUGCUCGAGGCAUUGGCAUUCAGGUCAUUCACAAGUGGAGUCAGCUUCCCAAGCGCAGGCCCCUCCUGGUACAGAGGUAUCUACAUAAACCCUACCUCAUUAGUGGCAGCAAAUUUGAUCUUCGGAUCUACGUUUACGUUACUUCUUAUGAUCCUCUGCGGAUUUACCUCUUUUCGGAUGGACUUGUCCGCUUUGCCAGUUGCAAGUAUUCCCCGUCCAUGAAGAGUCUUAGCAACAAGUUCAUGCACCUGACCAACUACAGUGUCAACAAAAAGAAUGCAGAGUACCAGGCCAAUGCUGAUGAGACUGCCUGCCAGGGCCACAAAUGGGCAUUGAAGGCUUUGUGGAACUAUCUGAGCCAGAAGGGAGUUAAUAGUGAUGCCAUCUGGGAGAAGAUAAAGGAUGUUGUUGUCAAAACCAUCAUCUCGUCAGAGCCCUAUGUGACCAACCUACUGAAGUUGUAUGUGCGGCGCCCCUACAGCUGCCAUGAACUCUUUGGUUUUGACAUCAUGCUGGAUGAAAACCUGAAGCCCUGGGUCCUGGAAGUCAACAUUUCCCCAAGCCUCCACUCUAAUUCUCCCCUGGACAUCAGCAUCAAAGGCCAGAUGAUCCGAGAUCUCCUGAACCUUGCAGGCUUUGUUCUGCCCAACAUGGAGGAUAUCCUCUGCAGUUCCAGCAGCCCCAGCAGCUCCAGUGGCUCCAGCACCAGCCUGCCAAGCUCUUCUAGGGAUGUCAAAUGUCAAAUGACUCCAGAGCAUUUCACUGCACAGAAGAUGAAGAAAGCUUAUUACCUAACCCAGAAAACUCCUGACCAGGACUUCUAUGCAUCUGUGCUCGAUGUCUUGACACCAGAUGACGUUCGGGUUCUGGUCGAGAUGGAAGAUGAGUUUUCUCGUCGUGGUCAGUUUGAAAGAAUUUUUCCUUCUCGAUUCUCUUCUCGCUAUCUUCGUUUUUUUGAGCAGCCACGAUAUUUCAACAUUCUCACUACCCAGUGGGAACAGAAGUACCAUGGAAACAAGCUCAAAGGAGUAGAUCUGCUUCGGAAUUGGUGCUACAAAGGCUUCCACACUGGGGUCGUCUCUGACUCAGCUCCACUGUGGUCUCUGCCAACAUCACUCAUGACUGCCCCAAAGGGUGAUGGAACACCCAAUGCCAUCAGCAAAUCAGAGCGCAGCAAAUCAAGAAAGCAAAGCUGCUCCGAGGGAAACAGGCUGUCCUCUGAAAAUGGGACCACACCCAAGCCUAAGAAGAGUCGAGCUGGCCUUUCCCCUGUAUCUAGGAAGACUUUGUCCUCAAAGAACAAUCAGGACACCAGCAAAGAGUUCAGCCAUUCUGCCCAGGUGUUACCUGUACUCAAGUACUCCAGACUUUCUGCCCCCUCUGCUUCCCAGUCAGCUGACUCUCUCCUGACUGCUGUGAGCCCAUGACUGGUCUCCUGCACAGGAGCACUCAGCUACCUCAAGGGAACCAGCCUGCUGACCAGCUUGAGCCUCUACCCACCUCCACUUUGACCCUCAUCAGAGUAUUUUUUGAAAUGGUUUUAUUAGUAGAUAAGGGCAUCUGGAGGACUGGAGGGGUGGUGGUAAUGGGGAGAAGGUGAAGAAGGUUCACCCUCUGUCACCUUACUGCGUGCUGGCACUUCAUAUCUCAGUAGAGAAGCCAGUAAUGGCCAAGCAGCCUUAUAAAGCAGGGUUUGGUUUCUACUCUGAGAGCCAUGUGUGAUUUAUUUGAGGCCCUGUGCAGGGCUUGAGUUGUAGUUCAAGAAGAGAAAACGUGCUAAACACAGAAGUCUCUUGUUUGGUAAUUGAGAGGGAUUCCUUGAAGGUUCUGCUUCUCUUAGGACUCCUAGCCCCUACUCAUCCUUGUCUUAAAGAGCCAGUUUUAGAAACCUUCAGUUUUCAAAGACGGUCAGGAGAAACCAUGACAGGCUACACAUAUUUCCUGGCAUCCUGGUCUUGAGGUGACCUCCAAACCAUGUCUCCAUUUAAGCUUCCACCUAUUGAGUAGCCCUCUUUCUUCUGUGAGUCUCCCAGGGCUCCAGUUAGGAUCCCAGAUAAUCCUAGGUUAGCUGUUAUGUAGGGGAGGGUAGAAUGAGCUGCAUUUUUUCCUCAACCCGGGGAAAUCCUGUACUCUGUUUUGCUUUGAGCAGAGUUUGGUGCCUUGGCAGGCAGGUUUCAGCAUAGUCACUCUUACAGGACAGGCUUCUCAUUUCUCACAGUUAAUACUCAGCUGAAUCUACCUCCCUCCUGGACUCAGUAAACACUGAGCACUGAAUAAACACUGACUGAGUAAACUUGUGUAUACAGAUCUCCAAGGACACUGGCCCCUGAAACACUACUGUCCUCCCUAGUGUGGAGAAGUAGAGCCCAAGGAGGCCCAUUUCAGGAGAGGUUGGAUUGGAAGAGUUUUCAUUAGAACUGUGGUCUUCUAUCAUCUAGGUCCUCCCUGGGACCUGCAGUCUCUGUAGAUGUCCUUGCAUUGGGGCGUACAAGAAGCCAAUUGGCCCUAUGUCUGAUAAGCAAGAUUUGCCCUUUGCACACCGAGCAACUCAGUCUCAAGCUGGUCUUGUUCUGUAGCCAAUUGGCAUGGAGCCCUGGAAAGCUAAGAGAGACCUGACUGAGUUGAAGGCCAUAGAGCAGGUGAACAUGACGGUCAGCUCUAAGGCUGUGUUAACAGUUGUGAAGGAAGGUAGACAGCAAAGUCCUGUGUAGUACUUUAUCAUGAGUGAUAGACUUCAGAGUCAGACCACAGUGGGAGAGUCCACGGCCAUUCUGUAAAAUCUCUUCUGAUACCAACAGCCAACACCCUAUUGUCCUGGUUACAGUAUUCUAGUGCACAUGUAACAAAGGGACAAAGUCUGCUCAGCACCAUUAUGCCUGAUGGGUGUCUUCAGGGCAGAGGCCGGUUUUAGCCAAUAUACUCCUUGAAAAUAGACUGAUUCCUCAGCUUGCCCUCCGAGAGUCUCCCGUCACUCUCAGUAUCCAGCCCUGCAGCAGACUGGAGCCCACCAGAGAGAGGGACUUGGGGACACCCUGAUGAGGCAUGACAGUGCCCUGGCAGUUCUGUCCUGUGGCCCAGGCUUACCUGAAACUUUUCAUCCUUGCCUCAAAAUGCUAGCAUUGUUUCUGCAUCGCUGUGCCCAGCGAUUACAUUUGAAUGCCGAUGGGUCUGUUUUGCUAGUAGGAGAAAAAGUAGGGCUUAUGUAUUACAUUACCUUUCACUCUCAAGACAGUGAACCAUUGAUAAAUUAUUUCACAUGCAUAUUUUAGCACUGGCUAGUCAACAAUAGAUAGCAUUCACUUGAUUGAGGUAUUUUUUAAAAAAAAUAGAUUUUUAAAGUUUUGAAUUUAGAAGCAUUGUUAAAUGCAUAUUUAUCAGUGUAUCAGUUUUCCCAAGUCAAUAUUUUAACCAGCCUUUGAAGAAGGGAAACAAAUGCUCCCGAGACAAGGAAUGAAGUACAGUCUCUCUUUUAAAAUGAACAUGAGACCUACCCGGCAGGGCUGUGAUAAUCUAAACCAAACAAAAGUACUGGGGAUUUGGAGCUCCUGCUCUGUUGGUUUAUUAGCCACACUUUGUUCUAUGCAAGAAAUGUAAAAAUCUUUGCUUGAAACUGUGUGUAGCGGCUCGUCCCUUAAUCUUAAUCCUAGCACCCUGGGAGGCAGAAAUGGACCAACAGAGCCUCUCCUUGAUGGAAGGGAAACAGCUACCCAGAUAUCCCAGAAGAGACCAGCACAGUGUCUAUAUUCCUCACCAUCACCCUUCGCCUACUGCUCACCAAAGCACAGUUUUCAUUAUUCCUUUGAAUGCUGUCAUUCCAGUGGGGAUCUCUGGUCUGGUUUCAACUCUACAGCAUACAAGCAUCCCAGGGAGGGUAACGUUAAGCAUUAGAAAUGUGUGUGAAUUGGUAAUUUGGUUCUCCCAAGAGCCUUGAUUAACAAAGAAUAACAAGAAUGAGUACCUAGUGUCUAGGACAAAAAAUGGCACAGAAGACAGCUCAGCCAAGCACCUAAGGACUGCUGUAUGGACCCAGUAGUCGCCUCAGGUCUACUGUCAGGGGUUCAGUGAAGGGUACUAAUCCACACAUUGAGCAGUUUCUACUCCUUCAGCUGAAUUAGUUACCUGGGAGAAGGCGAUGCCAAAGGCUGCUAGGGAACUUCCUCUGUUGGCUUCGUGUUGGUACUGAAGGAGCCUUCUGAUUACUGUCCAAUGAAUGUCUAGUUUGCUUUGGGUCUGUAAGCAGUGACUUUUAGAGAGCUUGUCACUUGAUCCAAGCCUCCCCAGCAAUUUUUCUGUAAUCCCUGGGGACCCAUGGGGGUGGGCUCAUUUGACCUCCCUCUAUCAGCUUCAGAUUGGUGCAAGCAGCAAGCAGUCUUAGGUUGGUCUUAGUGGAUUUCUUAUGUGAGUGAAAGAUGACAGCAGGAUCAGUAGCAGUCAAACAUUAUCAUACCCAUUUGUGCUUUAACCAGAAUGUGCUGAGGUCUGAAAUACCAGGAAUUACCACAGAAAUCAACAUUUGAAAUGUUUCUGUAUCCUCUAAAUUCUAGUUUAACCAGGGAUAUCCAUCUCUCCAAUGUAGUUAUAGGGAUUAAAUUGGGUGUAAGACAACUAAAAAGUGCCUCACUGUGCAGAUUUCAAAUAAAUCCUAAAGUACCAAAAUGAUCCCCUAAGCCAUUCAUUGCAAUAGCAGGAGCAGUGCCAGGGGCUGUCGUGCUCUUAGCAUAGCGGUUCUAUGGUAGAGCUGCAACGGCUCAGCAGAUGUACGCAGGUGUGGCUGUGUCUUGCAGGACCAGGCUUGUUUGUUUCGCCAGGGCUUCUAAACAGAGUCUACAGGAGGAUGUGUGCAGGUUAAAUUUAGCAAAUGUUACUCCAUUUUACCUAAGGGAUUAAAACUGUCUGCUUUGGUAUCUUGGAGGACCUAGAACCAACCCCCACAGAGACUGGAGAACUGUGCUAUGAUUCUAUCAAUGGAAGAUUAGAGCUGAGGGUUUGAUCAAGAUAAUUAGCUUAAAGGUUUAGGUUUAGAGCCCCAUCGCCUGCCGGAGAGGCACAAGUAAAACUUAACACUAAGAAGCUCAACUACUGGAAUGCCAGUGACUAGAAAUGCACAGCUAUUGGUAGAAAUGCCAAUAUUGUUGGCAAGGGUUCUCAGGUCCAUUGAUAAAGUAGAACAGCCCAUAUGGCUAGCUGUUAGUAAAAUAUAUAUAUAUAUAUAUAUAUAUAUAUUACAUAGUAGAUACUGUUUAGACUUCAGAAAGGAAAAACUGAUCUUGAGUAUUGUGCUAAAUCAAAGAAGCCAGAAACAAGUGUAUAUGCUGAUUCCAUGCAAGAAAAGGGAACAAUCCUAGAAGGCAGGGAUUGCCUGGGGACUGUAGAUGGAGGGAAGUGGGGGGUUGACUAUAAAGAGGCACAUUGGAAAUAUUCUUUGUCUCAAUUGUGGUUGUAAUAACAACUGUAUCUUGUUGGCAGACCUCAAAAUUAUAUAGUUGAAAUGAUUAUAAUACUUAAGUAAAUAAAGCUGAUUUUCCUUCCUUUUUUGUCAUUUUUCAGUGCUGAGGACCUAACCCAGGGUCUCAAACAGUGCUAGGCAAGUGCUCUACUGCUAAGCCAUUGUCCCUGGCCUAAAGCUAAUUAAGAAACAAUGCACAGGGGCUGGAGAGCUGGCUCAAAGGUUGAGAGCACUGGCUGCUCUUUCAAAGGUCCUGAGUUCAAUGUCCAGUGACUACGUGGUGGCUCAUAAGUAUCUAUAAUGAGAUCUGGUGCCCUCCUUGGUCAUGCUGGUGUACAAAAAAAAAAAAAAAGAAGAAGAAAGAAACAAUGCACAUGCAAUAUCAUUUUCUGAGAUGUAGAAAUUAAAACCAUCAUCACAGUGAGGUAACAGGAGUACAAAUAGAUUGAAAGGUAGCUUGGAGGACUGGGCAAAGCCAUUCAUUGCAGCCUGCAUAUGUGACUUGUGUGACCAUAAUAAGAUCACAAUUGAACCCUUGCAGUUAUUUAUAAAGACAGCAUAUCUUCCUGUGAUCCAGAACAUUGAGAGGAGCAAAACAGAGGAGGAAAUACUGUAUAGUUACUGAAAUCUGGAGGGAAACUCAGCUAGCUAUGGGUGCUGAAGGCAGCAGUAGUUGCCAAAGAGGAUCCUUGUGGAGUGAUAGCAAUGCUCUAUACCUUGGGUUUUGUGGGUAACAUACUUGUUAAGACACUGAACUAUGUAAGACCUGUGCAUUUGUAGACAGCAUUUUAUAAUUGAAGUGAAAUUGAUGUGUUAAAUUAACAUUUUAAGUGUACAUUUCAGUGAUAUUUUUUAGAUUCAUAAUAUUGGACAACUUUCCCUUCCCCCUUGUUCUAGAAUAUUUUUCUAAACUUGAAAAACUCUGCCCACUGAGCAGUUGCUCCUCCUCCUCUCCUCUGUCCCCUGCACAUAGUAAUUACCAAUCUUUCUGUUUCUGUAGGUUCACCUUUUCUGGAUAUUAUACAUAAAAGAAUUGUGUUCUUUUUUUUAUCUGGCUUAUCUGACUUAGCAUGACUUCAGCAUUCACUUUGUAAGAGGUCAACACUUCGUUCCUCUUUAUUACUAGUAUAUACUCACUGUAGAAAAUAAUGGGUUUUGUCAUGACAUUUUCAUCAUAUAUAUUUAUCUCCCAUGGUCCCGUUCCUCUUCCCUGAUAGUCAUUGUAUGCAUGUGUGUGCGCUUUGAAUAAAGGCUGUGCUAGUGUGAGAAAA